AUGAAUUUAACAUUAUUAAAUCAAUAUUCAUGUGAAUUACAAGCAGCUAUUUUGUUGUCAAUAUGUUUAGGGACAUUUUUUAUGGGAGCAUUGUUAAUCUAUUUAACUACAUUAUAUCAAAGAAGACGAAAGAAAAGAGAUUUAGAUGAAGAAAAUGUUCGAAAAUUAUUACGAUUUAAAAAUUCAUUAUGGUUAUUAAAAUAUGCUAAAGCUACAUUGGCUGGAAAAAAUGCAUUUGGAAGAUUAUUGAUACUAUCAAGAACUUUAUCAGGCUUAUUUUGUAUGAGCAUAUACUUAUGGAAUACACAUCAGAUUUUAACAGGAAAUACUUUCUGUACCGCUUUCACAGAACAAUGGAGAUUCUAUGUAGAAAUGAGCUUGUUUGGAUUUUUGUAUUUCGCUAGACUGACAAAAAUUCCUGAAUCAUUAGUAUUAUUAAGAAUUAUAAAUCAUGAACGUUCUAUACGUAUAGUAAAUUUAAUAUUUGAACUCUUGGCUGCAUGGACUGUUAUAGCUGGUAUUGCAUUUGUUCUUGAACGCAUGGGUAAUUUUUGGAUCACAGAAAGAAACGGUCAAAAACUUGAAUAUUUGGAUUGCUUAUACAUGAUCCUUGUAACAUUGGCUACCGUUGGUUAUGGAGAUAUUGUAUGUAUAAGUUAUUUAGGUCGUAUUUUCAUCAUAUUUGUCAUUAUUGGAGCACUUAUAUCAGUAACAACACAUAUGUCGGAACUUAGUGAAUUAUUUCAACAACACAACCAAUAUAACAAAGUGAUUUAUAUGGAACACAAUCCAAAGCACAUAGUUGUAUGUGGAUCAAUAAAUUACCAUACGCUUUCAAUAUUUUUUGAUGAAUAUGUUAAUGCCGAUCAAGGCCAUUAUGAUGAAAAUAUGAUGAUUGUCAUCCUGUCAGAGAUCGAUCCCGAUAUUAGUCUAACGGCGUUACUUCAGAGAGAAAGCACUACAAUGAGAUUUUUGAAAGGAUCUGUGACAUUGCCAGAAGAUUUGGAAAGAGCUAAAGUGAGAACUGCUGACGCUGUGAUUAUUCUAUCCAAUAAAUGUAGUCAAACCCCUGUUGAAGAUGACUGGAAAAAUUUAAUGUGUGUUGUUUCCAUAAAAAAUCUAUAUCCAAAUAUUCGAAUAAUUUGUGAACUUAUGUUAAUUGAAAGUAAGGUAUGGAUGUCGAAUAUACCUGGGUGGAAAGAGUAUGAAAGUGAUCAAUUCGAUAGAGCUAUUUGUUUAACACAGAUGAAACUUGGUCUACUGGCAUUGAAUUGUGUUUCAAAUGGGGUAUCAACUCUGUUAUGUAAUUUUAUAAUGCGUGAUUCGGUACCAACAGCUGCAGUUAGGAAGACUUUACCUCGUUGGAUUAACGAAUACUUUCAAGGUACAAAAUAUAAAUUAUAUACAGUAAAAUUAUCUCAUGCUUUCGAUGGGAUGAUGUUUCAACAACUAGUUGGCUUGAGGACUUUCUCAACCGAUGGUCAAAUGAUGUUCGAUAAUUUUGGCCAAGUAAUAUUUUCGCCACUUAAUCGAAAUCAGGAUAAUAUAUGCGAACAGUCAAAGACACUUUCCCCAAUUGCAACAAGUUUUAUUAAAACAAUUCAAAUGUGUUUUAGCUUUCUUCGACAACCAAUUGUAACUUACUGCAAUAUGAGGACCUCCAAAAUAUUACCAAAAGUUCCCACAUGUGCAAGUAGUUUUUCAAUAAAUUCUUAUUAUCGUUAUCCGUAUCCUGAUAGUACAGUAAUUGAUUUAGCGCAACUACAAAAACUGAAUGUAAUCGAUUUGCAAUGUGAUAGUAUCGGUUUAUUUUAUUGGGUAACUGAAAGAAAGUUUUCAAACAUAUGUUUGACGAUGAAAGAGAUGAUUCGCCGUCAGUUUGAAAAUCAUAUCAUUGUAUGCAUCAUGAAACAACCUAAAGGAAUAAAAACAGGUUUAGCUAGUUUUGUACUUCCACUCAGAUCAACUUCGAUACCGGUCGAAGAAUUGAAACCAAUCAUUAUUUUGUGUGAAGCCAAAGUUAUUGAAAAUGAAUGGCGAUCGCUAAAAAACCUUCCAAAUAUCUAUGUCUUUUCAGGAUCACCAUUAAACAGAGCAAAUCUUCGAGCUGCAGGUGUUGAAAGAUGUUCAACUUGUGUUGUACUUUCAUGCUCAUUUGAUAUCUCUGGAAAGCCAUCAUUAAUGAUAGAUAAAGAAAGUAUCUUAUGCACUUUGAAUAUUCGUCAAUUGUUAGCUGAUGCACAUAAAACAAAUCAUUUAAACACGACUGAACAAAAUCAUCCUAUGCUUGUGACUGAGCUUUAUGAUGUAACCAAUGCAAGCCUUCUAUCAACUAAAUCGAAAUAUGGAACUACUUUCUUCAAUCCAUUAAUUGCCUCAGGAAAUAUUUUCGAAUCUAACGUCUUGCAUAGUCUUUCAUCUAACGUACUAUUCGAUCCAACUGUAAUAACAUUUAUUGAGACAAUUUUAGGCGGUGGACCAGGUCAUGAAGUAGAAAAAAUAUUUGCUAUUGAUAGUGGUUUCUUUCCAGGCUUGAGAGGACAACCAGUCAGUACUUUAACAUUUCCAGAUUAUCUAACUGGUAAUAUACCAAGUCAAGUUGAUGAUAAAAACGAAAUUAAUCAGCCAUAUUCCAGAGAAGUACAAAACACUUUGUCAACUACUGGUUCUAUCUCGGAUUUAAUGAAUAAUGAACACAAUAAAGUGUUUUCAAAGCAGAAUAGUUUAAAUGGAAAUAUAUUCCAGUUUGAUGAAGAAUUAAGAUCACGUGAAUCAAGUGACUGUUAUGUAGAAGGUAAUAAGAAUGUAAUCUAUGAUAUAUUUAAUGAUGCAGAACUCUUGAAAGAGAAGACAGAUUCUAAUUAUAUAACAUCAGAUCAUGAACAAAUAAAUGUCAAAAGUUUUUUAAGCUAUAAAACUGAAACAGGUGAAGCGAUCGCUGUUCGGCUAUCCCAACUUCGUUUAAUACCCCUAAUGGAAUUGGAUAAAGAACUUCAUCAUUUAGCUUCCCAGAAAACUCUGACUUUCAGUCAAUUAUUUCAUGCUCAGUUGGCAAGUACCGGAACAAUAUCAAUCGGCUUGUAUCGUAGUGUUGAAGCUAGCAAUAAUAUGGAGGAAUAUUUGUCAUCCAAAAACAUAUACCUUGAAGCUAGUGGAAAAAUCGAAAGAUUUGUUUACACAUUACCAGAACCUACAACUCCAAUAUACCCAAAUGAUAUGGUUUACUGCCUUACAGCGAUGACUGAAAAUCCAAUGGUGGGGUAG